AUGUUCCGCUGCUAUUACUGCAAAGCUACUUUCAGCACUGAAGCAGGAUUGCGAUUCCACAAGGCCCAGGCUUUGGAGCAGGAUAACCCCGCGAAACCACACUGGUGGUGUCGGCUUCAUGACAAAGACUAUCACAGUCAGAAGGCCCAUGCUCUCCACAUGAAACAGCACCACCCCAGGCCGCAGGACCUGGAAUGUCCUGGCUGUGGUGGGCACUUCCAGCGUCUGGGCGGCCUUAUCGGUCACAUCGAGGCGGGACUGUGUUCCAAACUUGAGAUUGAAGACAUCCUCAACCGUCGCCAUGAGAUGACCGAGUUGACCCGAAGACUCAAUGACCUGCAUGGCAUGGCGGCCCUCGCAUCUGACAAGCUUCAAUUGAGCCUCGAAAAGUACAUGAUCGAGCCCAUCGCCAAGAUGCUCGCUGUCCCUUCCAAUCAGCGAAGCACAGGUUGUCUUCCUGCCGCCAAUGCCGUGAAAGUCCUGGAGGCCCCUGGGGCCAACCCUGGGGCUCAGCGUGUCACGCCCACUGAGUCUGGCAUCGAUGAAUCUGAGACUACAGACCUCCCCAUGGGAGCAGAGGCGAGCAACAUGCAUGCGACUCAAGACAGCGGCUGGGGCAGUGAGUCUUCGUCUGCCAAGGCCACAACUGAUACCGCGCAUGGCAUCAAAGAGACUCGUUACAAGGCUCCGAUUCUGCAGAAGUCUUCUACUUCAGAGUACAAGAAUCCCUGGGCUGUCGAUGACGGAGGCUGGUACGGAAAUGCCAAGAGCACUCCAGACGAGGACCAUAAGAGAGACAACACUCAGGCUAGUGAUGUACCGGGCAGCACCGAACCCUCUCUUAUUUCCGUCCAGUCACCAUCGCAGGCCUUGCAACUUGUGCCGGAUGCUCCUGAGAAGGUCUCCAUCGACCCAAAUAGCCCGGAGUACAACGAAGAGAACUUUCGAAACCCGGAGUCAGAUCAAUAUUUGUGCCCACACGACCAUUGCUGGAAACUUUUUAUGACGCCCGAGGGUCUCGCCAUUCACCUGAGGACCGGCGCCUGCACACAGCCACGCUACACCUGCCCGGCCUGUGGCCAUCGAUUCAGGUCCACCACUGCCCUCACUCAGCAUACUGAGACGACAACCCGAUGCAUCAUCAGGAGCACAAGCAUGUACCGCAAUGUCCUCAACCUCCUGACCGGAGGAAUCGCCGACACUGACGGCUACCUCGAGGACGCCACGACCAAGUACAUCGUCCAGCCGCUGGCUGCGGCGGCCCUGGCCCCUGAGCCCGAAGAGGAGCCUAAGACCCUGGAGGAGCAACUCCACCGCACCUCAGAGAUCAUGGAGUGGGCCGAGAGAACUUUCAAGGAGCGAGCGGCCUCACGAGCGGCGUCCGUGAGGGGAGAAAAGGUUCCAGAAAUGACGCUCCAGUGGCAUGGCCAGAACUGCUAG